AUGCAUUCUGCACCGUCCUGCCCAUCCUUGCUCCUCUGCGCCACGGCAUUCCUCGUCGCCCUCGGGUCGGCUGCCGUCGUGCGCGCCUCUCCCUCGAUUGUCGACGACAUUACCGCUGCCGCCGCCGCCGCUGGAGCCCCGGCUGCGGGCCUGCUGCGCUUUUCACCCAACAUCAACAAGCAGCUCAAUUUAGUGGAGCGCGGUGCUGGAAGAAGCGACCCAGACCGUCCGGACUUGGCAGCUGCUAAUGUGCUGAAGCCGCGCGCCGCAACCAACCUGCAGUUCUUCCAAGGCGCACUUUCCAACAUUGCAGCACCACCGAUUUCCCAAUCCAACGACGCAACGCGGCCGUUCUCCGUCGACGGCGAUACCUUUGUGAGUGUCUCCGGUGACUGUCAUAUAGUUGGACCUUUGUCAUCUCGUUCGCCGUCUUGGCUAUCUAACCCCUUUUCGUCUUGUCUCCUACAGACCGAUUUCCAGUCGGCUGUCGACCGCUCCUGCGACAAUCAGCACAACAGCUGUGCCAAUGCGGCCAACAGCCAAAAAUCGUCGAGCUUUAGCGUCGGCGACUGUGAUACACAAGAUACCAAGUGCAAGGCCGCCGCGUCAUCCGCAACACAGACUGCUUUCACCAAGCUGACAAGCUCGUCGGACGAAUUCGAUUUUUAUUGUGAUGUGUAG